AUGUGGGGUGGCAAUGCGGAAUCGGGCUCCUGGUCAGAGCCCCGGGAACAGGCCCGGCCUUCCAACGUGCGAGGCUGGGGCCGGAGGGGGCUCCGGGCCGGGACCGCCGCGGCCGCCAGGUGGCAGCGCUGCCCCGGCGGAGCGGAGCGGGCAGGGCCCGGCGGCCGGGAGAGCCCCAGGCAUGCCCGGCUGCCUCGUUUCUUGUCCGUCCUUCCGCGGGAUGAACGGCCGUCCUCUGAUAAACACACGCCUCGCUUUUCUGCUGUUCAACAAGCGUGUGCCGCGAGUUCGUGCCCGUGCGGUCCUUUGAAAUCCUCCGACAGAAGGUGCAGGAAGGUGCAGCAGGCUGCCUGGGGCCAAGCAGGCCCCGCACCCCGCAGGGCGAGCAGAAAAAGCUGCUCCCCAGCUCCUUCCCAGAGACACUCCUCUGUCUUCUUCAGGGGAAAACAAAUUGGGAAGGGAGCAACCGGCACGCGUGCCUCCCUCGCCGCGCAUCCCAGCGAUAACAACAGCUUCAUUAGCGAGCUGACAAAAAACAGCACUGAAAUAUUAAUAGCGAUCAUAGUUCGGGGAGCAGGGAAACGGCAGCUCGCCUCUGCGAGCUUCCCCUUGGAAGGAAGCUUCACGGGCGACGAUAGUGAAGGUGUGAAGGCGGGGGGUGGGGGCUGCCCCGAUGGUCCCCUGCCCGUUCCCCGCCCGUCCCCUGCCCGUGCCGCUGCCUCCCGGCCGGGCCCCACUACCAGCGGCCGGCGGGUGUCGCUGCCGGCCCGCCUGUGUGCCCGGCCGGGCCCGGCCCUGCCGCCGGCGCGGGGCUUUUGGGGAAAGGAGGCGGUUCCAGACCGCGCCGCGGGCACGGGAGGAGUUUCGGAAGUUUGCUGUCAUUUGUUCAUAAACUGUGGAGUUGAUGCUACGGGACGUUAUUCAGGAAAACGGGGCUUGAAGCCACUGACAAUGUGCCUGAAUGGUGCCCUGCGAGGAAUCCAGCAGGCAGACAUCCCUCCGUUUGUCCGUCCGUCCACAGCCGCUCUGUCCGUCUCCGUCCUCGGUGCCAGCUCUGAGCAGGCGGCAGCGUAGCGUGGAGGUGUGCGAUGCCGUCCGACUCGAUCCUGUUUUACUUCUGCGGUGCGGUGGCCGAAUUUUUUUUUUUUUUUUUAAUAGUUUGUUGAUGUUUUCAAAGUCUCUAAACAAAGUCAGAUGUGUUAACAGUCUUAUUAACAAUGUUAAAAUGGAAUUAACAGCUUGUGGAUACCUCGGGAGCACAAUAGCAUGUCAGCCUACCCUGCCCCCUUAUAAAUCGUGUCCCGCUGUCUUUCCUUUGUUUCGGGCCCAAUCAGCAAACCAAAGUUUUGUCGAGGCAGAAGGGCAGCCCGCGCCUUUCUGCGGGGCUGUGGCGGCGGGCCGGCCGAGGGGAGGGUUCCGCUGACCCGCCGGGCUGCAUGACCUCUGCCUUGCCGGUUUGGGGGUUUAAAAGGCUUUUCCCACGUUGUAGUUUACUUUUACGGUCCUCUCGGUGCCGUCACGAAAGCUUUUGUUUACUCGAGAUGUAUUUGGGGUUCAGUUUCUGUUAACCUUCAUCACGCUCCUGGGGCUGCGCUGCUCUUGGGAGGGGUUACCUCUGGAACAGUGCUGUGCCAAAGUGUAGGCAGCCACCACCAGCAGGAUAACCGCGGCCAGGUUUUGAUAUUUCAAGAAUUAUUCGCCUCCGAGAGGGGAAGCUAACAGCAGCACGUGCUGCUCUUCAGUGCGAUUUCGCCAGAAUGGGAUUCUGUGCAAAAGAAAAACUUUUUUACUUCGUGUCCUCCUCUCCCAGGUUUCCCUCCUGCAGCCCUGCUGAAAUCUUAAGAAAUGUCACCCGUCACAUCGCAGUGUUAAAUGUAAAAAGAGCAUUUAAUGAGAUGUAAUUUUUUUCAUGUGGUUAGAGUAACCCAGGGUUAAUUUGCAUAUAAAAUUUAUGUGGACGGAAAGGCAUUCCCCAUAAGAAAAGUGUUUAUAUGUUUUGCUUUAGCUAUGAUAAUGGCAUUUUUGCUCCUUUCAUCCAAGAGUCUCGAAGUAUUUACAAUUCCUGGUAGGGCUGCACACACAGCACCACGAGGCGGGCGGGCGUUCCAUCCCAGCUGUAAGUCACACACUGCGUGCUGCAAGCAGGCUGCACUGUGCCCAAAGAUUGCAGAACAGCAGCAAGCUAAGGAAAGCAAAAGUAGUCCCGUUUAUAGCCAGUGCUACCCCAGCGUCCUUCCCUGCUCUGGCCGCUCCCCACAGCCGCUGGCAAGAGAGCUGGGGGGAUGUGGCACCACGAAAACACCUGCUGGAGGUGCACUUGGAAAUCUAGCUUUAGGAAGUGGGCACGCUUGCUGUCCACAGAGCCCCAUUGUGCUUUUUUCUGUUGUGGCACUUGGAAGCAUCACCACAGCACCCAGCGAGUCUCUCCAAUGUCAUCAUAAACGCACGCUGUCAUCCUUGCUUCCCAUUCUUUAACUCAUCAUUCAGAAAAGUUGGCUUUUGCUGCUGCUGAACAGCUUCUUUCUCAUGGCGCUAUUUUAUCCACUGUUGUUUUUAUGCAUAUCGCUCUCAUUUGUCUGCAUUUGGGGUCAUCUGUGGAUUCGGUUCCAUUGGUUUAUUAGUCUUUAGAGAUAGGAUAAGCCCAUCCAUGAGUUAUUUUUUUCAACUUGAGUUUAC